AUGAGCCAAAGCAGCUUGCAACCCGACUCUGCCCCUGCUGAUGGCACUAUUUCCAAGAGAGAAAGCACAGUAGCUCCAUCGGAGCGCGGAACGAUCGUACAGCCAAGAGCCUCCACCGCUCAAAGAUACAGCACAAGGAAGAGCUCUGCCGGCAUCGCGGGCAUUCCUGCUGAACUGCCUGCAGACGAUGACCCUGAAGAGCCUCCCUCUGAUGCUGCUGGUGGUGGUGGUGCAGCUGCUGGGGAUGGAGAUAUGCUGAUGGAUGACGUAAAUUUGCUUCAGCCGCCAUUGCCAUCUUCUGCUUUAACGAUGGGUGUGAGGGAAUACCUCGAAAAGGAAAUCGGUUUACCACCCGGUGAUUAUGCCGAAGGAGCGCUUUACAACAAUAACCAGUAA